GUGACGUUAUCGUUUGUGCUGCUGGUAGAAUAAUAGUCGCUGUAGGCCUAUUCAACUACUGCUAUCCAAGAAAGGGCGGCGGCAACCUAACAGACAAAACAAGCGUCACCAACGUCGCAUUGGCACAUUAAUAACGUGCAGUAAUGAUGAAGCUCAGCUCUCCUCUGGCCGUGCUGUGCCUUUCUCUCCUGCUGCUCAAUGCCCACCUCUCCCUGGCCAAGAGAGGGGGAGGAGGCUUUGGGGGUAAAUCCAGCAUAGGCUUUGGGAAGAAACCUUCCUCCACCUCCAACCGUGGAGGCACCAACACUCAACGCAGACCCAACCAAGGGACCAAUAACCAGCCAGGGAACUACCCUCGCCAGCCCCAGAGCCCGCAGAACCCCCAAGCAGGGUACCCGCAGCAACCUGGAGGUUAUCCACAGCAACCAGGGGGGUACCCUCAACAGCCAGGCAGGGCAGGAUACCCUAACCAAGGGGGGUACCCUAACCAAGGGGGGUACCCUAACCAAGGUGGCUACCCUGCUGGAGGAUAUCCAGCUGGAGGGUACCCAGGGGGCUACCCGGCAGGAGGCUAUCCAAACAGAUACCCAGCUGGUGGAGGCUAUGGUGGAGGCUAUGGUGGCGGUUAUGGAGGGGGCUACAUGAACCAAAACCCCAACAACCGGAUCCUUAGCCCUGGCUACGGGGGCAGUUAUGGCUAUGGGGGGUAUGGUGGUGCAGGUGGCUCCCCGUUCUCCCGCUCGGUGCAGGGGAUGGGGAUGGGACCCUCUCAGCAGUCUAGGGGGUUUGGGCGUAAUGCAGCGAUGGCGGCCGGGGCUGGGGUUGUGGCUGGGAUGGCUCUGGGUUAUGGACUGGGCCGGUUUCCCCGGCCUCACUUCGGCUUUCACAACCCCCAGGAGGAGUACUAUUAUAACCACUACAUGUACAGGAAGUACGGCACCAAAUCCACUGAUGACAAUGACUACAGCAGGGACUACCGCUUCAGCCCGCCUCCACAGUCCUAUGAUAACUACAUGAAGAACUGUAUGAAGAGGACUGACCUGCUGAGAGGUGGGGAGAAGGGUGGAUCGGAAAAAGGAGCCAGGGAGAACUCACCGCCACAGGGAGCUGCGGACAGCACCAGCACUCAGGUAAUCGAGCCCAGUGGAGGAGGCACUGCAGUCGGGGAGAAGAGUGAAGAGCCAGCCCCUGUUCCUGGAGGUUCCACCAAUACUACCGACCCCGGUUCCACCCAAGCACCAGGCAGUGGCCCCAGUAACAGCUCCGCCACAGAGGGCAGUCCCAGUGAGAGUAACGGUACAUCAGCGACUGAGAAGCCUGUGACCCCUGUACCCUUGAACCCUAACCCUCAAACCCCCCCUCCUGCAACCACGCCCCUCCCCCCAGCCAUAGCUGAGCCUGAGGAUGAUGAUGAGGAAAAUAUAGUGAGCAUCUCUGAGAUUGGCUACCCAGCGCUGAUAGAGCAGAUGAAGGCUCGGAGGUGUGUGGAGCUUUACAUGGUGUACGCCGAACACUACCUGGAGAAAAAGGAGGAGGACAAGAAGAACACGCCCCGGGGAAGACCCAGAGGAGGAGUGGAGAGACUGGGAGGAGGAGGAUACCAGGCACUGCUAACUGUACUCACCUCUACUGCACUACUGCUGCUGAACAGCAACAUGCUACUACUGCACUGAGGCAGAGAGAGAGCAAGAAACAGAGAGAGAGAGAAAUAGAGGGAAGAAGGAGAAAGGACACACUGUUUGCUGUCACACUAUGUGAGUCGGAGUCAAGAAUGGGGCUGAUGGAGGGAUGUAAGGAUGGAGGGAUGCAAGGACAGUCUGUCUUCUUCUCUCAUCCUCCUUUGAUUCUCGCCUCAGGACUCUAUAAUAAGUGGACUUUUUUCAUUGAUAAAUUCUAUCGAUUUUUGUUCUGGUUUUGUAUUGUUGUUUCUCAUGCACUGUUACUUGCAUUAUAUGAAUCUGUAAUAAUGCGCCUGUGUGUUACUAAAAUGCUGGCACUUUUUAAAAUCCAACCCUGCUGUCCCCAAAGCAUUGCAUUUGCUCCUGCUGUAGCCAAGUACUACAGCCUCAUGCAUGCAGCAUGACUAUUAUAUACAGCAUAUUUCAUAAAUAAGAUAAAUAUUGAUUAAGGUUAAGCAGGGACUGGCCCGAUCACGCCCUGUUCCCAGCACCAACAGGGAUUCCACGAGAACUUAGAUGCUGUAUUAUAUUGCAGACAGACUGAAGGGAAAUGGCCAUUUACUCCAUUACAUCACAUGAACUGGAAAUACUAGAUGUGUGUGUGUGUGUGUGUGUGUGUGUGUGUGUGUGUGUGUGUGUGCGCGCGCAAUGUAAGCAGAUAGGACUGUCGUGUAGAUAUUGAUUGAGAUAAGAUGACUCUUGUGACGAUGAUAACACCACAUAACAUCCAUAUUAACAUCAGCUGGGGAAGGGGAAUUGUUGAAUAUGACAGUCAAGUAUGCAUGACAACGAAUGUGAGCUUUAUAUUAUUGACUAUGGCUUGUAUUUAUUUUAGCUUAAUACAAUACACAUACCUGUACAAUUUUAACUGGUGUUUGCUUGUAAGACUACUAAUAACACCAUUCUAACGUAACCUCUUUCGUACAUGGGGGCUGUGAUUCUGCAUAAGCAUGUAUACAUUUUACUACGGUGGCAAAAGAGAAUCCAUUUGACAAACAUUGCUAGCUUGACUUCACCUUAUUUAUGGAAGGGCUAACAGUUUGGUCAUAUGCUCUGAUGAGGUCCGAAGACUGAAAUGUUAACCUUCUGUAAUGGGGGGGAAACAGUGGUACGUAAGCAGUGGGAGCUGCUUCUUUAGAAUCUAGAGUUUAGAUUCUUUAGAAACUAACUCAUUUGCCAGAAACUCUUCUUAGAUGUGUGCUUGCAUCCCUUGUCUUUCACCCAGCUGAUAUCCUAUGUAAGGGAUGGCUGUCAGGUUAUCUGAAUCAAUCAUCCUGUAUCGGGGCUUGAUGUCAUCUUUAUCUGUUAUGUGUCUUUAACGUUGUGGUUAAUAUGUUUGAUACUAUUCCGUGGAUUGAUUUAGUUUGCUUUGUAUUGUUAUUAUAUGUCAAGUAAGCUGCAUGUGCUCAAAGACACUUGCGUAAACCUGAUUUCUUUCUUUGCUCCGACUCCAAGGCCCUUCUCUUUUGUACAUUCCUUUCUUCCCUCCUUCCCCUUUCUGGUGUCUUGCUUUCCUCUCUGUGGUGGGGAAGUGACUGUAGAUUGUACUCUAAGGGCUCUUGUUGUCUAGGCCCAGGCUUUGAACCAGGCCACUGUAGCGGCAGCCCUACAAGUCAAGGAAUACGGAUUCAGACAAACACUGUCCACUUUAAAGUAAUGGUCUUAGUCAACUUGGUACCUGGUAAUAUUAAGGUAAAUGAUAAGCAUAUGACAAUGAUAUAAGUUGAACUAUAAUGUUAGAUGUGGGUUCUAACCAGAUAUAUAGAGAGAAGUAUCUAGAUUGAAGUCUAAAUACUGUAUGCGUUGGGGUGUAAACAGAUUUUUUUUAAUGGAGUUAGAAUACUUUUGGAAUAUAUUGGAUAGACGAUGGGGGGGAAAAACUCCUUGUUUACCAUCAUGUCAUAAACAAUUUCUACAUUGUCUUGAGCCUUGAAUGUAUGGGUGUGCAUACUCUGUUAAUGUAAAUACUUCCUCUGUGAUAAAAGAUACAUGUGUUUUGUGUCCAUUCCUCUUCUAUAA